AGGGCACGGUGGCGCGCGUGCACAUCGGCCAGGUGAUCAUGUCCAUCCGCACCAAGGCCCAGAACAAGGAGCACGUGGUGGAGGCGCUGCGCAGGGCCAAGUUCAAGUUCCCCGGCAGGCAGAAGAUCCACAUCUCCAAGAAGUGGGGCUUCACCAAGUUCAACGCCGACGCCUUCGAGGAGAUGGUGGCGCAGAAGCGCCUGAUCCCCGACGGCUGCGGGGUCAAGUACGUCCCCUCGCGGGGACCCCUGGAUCGCUGGAGAGCCCUGCACGCCUGAACCCCAAAAACCCCCCAAAAACACCCGGGGGGAGCCCCAAAAACACCCGGGGAACCCCAAAACCCGCGGGGAGCCCGGGUGGCUUUGGGGCUCUCGGUGGAAUAAAAGCUUUUGGUUCCUUU